AUGAGAGAUUUGAAAUAUGAAGUGGGAGAUCAUGUCUUUAUCAGAGUAACACCAAUGAAAGGGCAAACAAGGUUUGGCAGAAAAAGGAAGUUGAUUCCAUGUUACAUUGGGCCAAUUCAGAUUUUAAAAAAACUUGGCCCUGUUGCUUAUCAUAUUGCUUUACCGUCGGGAAUGGAACAAAUGCACAACGUUUUUCACGUAUCAAUGUUCCAUGGAUACCUUAGAGAUCCAUUCCAUGUCAUAGACUACCACCGAAUAAUGCUUGAUGAUGACAUGAUCUAUGAAAACAAGCCAAUUCAGCUUAUUGAUCAACAAGUCAAGCAGUUGAGAAGUAAAUCCAUUUCUAUGGUGAAAGUUGAAUGGAAUGAACACUAUGGAAAAGAAGAAACAUGGGAAAAGGAUGAUGAAAUGAGAAAACGCUACCUGGAGUUGUUUCUAAAUGGAGGUAACUUAAAUUUGGAGGACCAAACUUCCUAA